GCUGUUGAUGGCAAUGUAUAUGACCACCUUAAGGAUUAUUUAAUGGUAUUCAGCAGGACUGAAUUAGAAAUAUGCCAAUCUGUACAAAGCACAUUCCAAUUUCUUUUGGAAACUUCAAGUCGGGUAGUGCGCGAUUACAAUUUUCAGCUCUUCUUGCAAGAAAACUCAGUCUUUCACAAGCCGCAGUCCUUCCAGUUUCAGCCGUGCGACAGCGACACCGUAAGCCCGCUUUGA